UUAAACAAGCUGAUGACCAAUCUACGAAGCACCCACCCACAUUUUGUACGCUGCAUCAUUCCAAAUGAAACCAAAACACCUGGUGCCAUGGAGCAUGAACUGGUGCUUCAUCAGCUGCGGUGUAAUGGCGUGCUGGAAGGAAUCAGAAUUUGCAGGAAAGGGUUUCCCAACAGAGUCCUGUAUGCAGAUUUUAAACAGAGAUACAAAGUAUUAAAUGCAAGUGCUAUCCCAGAGGGACAGUUCAUUGACAGUAAGAAGGCUUGUGAGAAACUUCUUGGAUCAAUUGAUAUAGACCACACUCAAUACAAAUUUGGUCACACUAAGGUGUUCUUCAAAGCUGGGCUGAUAGGCCUCCUGGAGGAGAUGAGGGAUGAGAAG